AUGGAUGGUCAAGAUCAGCUGGAAAUGAAGUUCAGCAGUGGGAGUGAUGUAGGUGGACUAGAGCUCUGUAUAGUUUGUGGAGACCGAGCAUCUGGAAGACAUUAUGGUGCUAUUAGUUGUGAAGGCUGUAAAGGUUUUUUCAAGCGUUCAAUCAGAAAGAAGCUCGGGUACCAGUGUCGAGGUACUAUGAACUGUGAAGUGACCAAGCAUCACCGGAACCGGUGCCAGUACUGCAGGCUGCAAAAGUGUCUUGCUUGCGGGAUGAGGAGCGACUCGGUCCAGCACGAACGGAAGCCGAUCGUGGACAAGAACAAGUCGGAGCCGCGGGACGGGCUGGCCGACCGGCAGGCCGCCUACUCCAAACUGCUGGGACUCGCGGGCCAGGCUCCCAGCGCACAGCAGCUGACCCCCAAGGAGGAGGCGGGCGAGGCGUUCGGCGCCGUGUCCCCCGCGCCCGCCAUCAACUUCGCCCUGGCCGCCGCCGUCGCCUUCAACAAGAACUCAGUGUCUCCGUACCUGAACCCCGGCAGUCCUGGCGACAUGGAGGGCGCUCGCAGACAACAGAUCAUGCUGCAAACGCAACUAGCUAAGAAUCUCUUCAAAAUGGGACAGUUUGGAGCCAUCAACGAGUACCUGCAGUCGGCGUACGGCGCCGCGCCCGAGCCCCCGCCCCCCGCCGACGACGCGCGCCCCGACGAGAUGGAGGUGUGCUCGGUGCUGGUGCCCGGCGGCGGCGCGCUGCCCCUGCACGCCGCCUGCGAGAGCGCCGCGCGCCUGCUGGCCGCCACCGCGCGCGCACUCGCCGCGCUGCCCGCCGCCACCGCGCUGCCGUUCGAGAUCCAAGUGACGCUGUUCAAGAAGUCGUGGGCCGAGCUGUUCGUGCUGGGUCUGUGCAAGCUGUCGCACGAGAUGUCCCUGGGCACGUUGCUGCCGAGCAUGGCGGGGCACCUGCACGCCGUGCUGCGGGAGCGCGCGUCCGGCGCCGCAGCCGCGCACGCACCGCUCGACGACCACGCGCCCGAGAUCAGCGUGUGGGACUACACGGACGAGCGGAUAGCGGAGAUCAUCUCGCUGCUCAACCGCCUGCAGCAGCUCGUGGCCGCCAUGGAGCAGCUGCGGGUCACCGACCGCGAGUACGCGCAGCUGCGGGCGCUCUGCUUCUUCUCGCCCGGUGCGUACUGAACAACCAGCACCCACUCAGUUAUAGCUCACUAGAGAUGUGUAGCUCCGGAGUGAGUGACUGAUAUAACAAAUAUAUAUCACUCACACCGAUAGAAUGUAUCACUAACUCAGCUAUGCGGAAUUUACAUUACGAAAUUAGUG